AUGCGCAACCUUUUCUGCUGCAUCCUGGCUGAGUCGGAUGUCGCUGCACACAUGGAGGUCUACCUGCAGAAUCUCGACGUCACCCCACCAGACAACGACCCCAACAGCCAGCGUAUGGACAUCUACUGUGUAAUCGGAGGCCAGGGAUCCCUUCUGGACUUCACCAUCACCCACACCUGCCUACCGGACGCCUCCCCCAUCCGCUUUCACAGAGACGUGAACUGGCGCAAUGCUCAGCUUUCGGGUGGGAAGGCACCCGCCCUUGCCGACAAAGCCAGGACAAGUACGGCCUCACUGUCCAAGCCAGAGGCUUCCGUUCUGUCCCCCUUGCCGCAGAUACAUUCAGCCGCUGGGCGCAAGCGAUCCUUCCCUUCCUCAAGACGCUCGCCAAGAGGAGACCACGCCCUUCGGCCAUCCCAGCACCCGAAGAUGUAAUUUUCCGAGAGAGCGUCAUCAAUCAUUGGAGCCACCUCCUGUCCGUGGAGCUGAUGAAGUACAAUGCACUCCAGGUGGCCAACCGCUUUCAGAGAGCCGUAGCCGCGAGGGGACCUGCUAGGGCCAGUACUUUUGCGGAGCACUUCAUCAGCCGAUGCCCUUACAGGUCUCACACAAGGCCCCUCUUCCGUGCGUGAAUCUGUCUGGCACUGCAUGCCGUUGUGCAUACAGUUGCAUGGACCGUGACUUUUGUGUGUAUCUGCUUUGCAUGGUUGCUUCCCUGUAAUACACGGCAUGUGAGUAUGCAUCUGCUGCUGCAUGCCCUUGUAUGAAACUUAAGACGGUCACUCGUCGACCCUCGCUUACUUGACGGCUCAUCACUUCUAAGUUUUA